GCGCAGCUUGCCCGCACUUGCCGACCUUGUUCCGUGUCGCUUACCCCUUCUUCCCGGCAUUCCUGUUUCCGGUUUCUCACGGCUCCUAGGUUUUUCCACCUUUGAGGCACUUCGCGCCCAGGGGUUCGGUGACGUCAUCUCUCUGCGCUGCGCGGAUACCAGCGGGUUGAAGAAGACUCUGCUUCGCCGCCCUUCGCUUCUUUUGUUGGGCUGUUGCUCCUGCAGAUCAUGGCGCCGUCACUGUGGAAGGGGCUUGUGGGCAUCGGUCUCUUUGCCCUAGCCCACGCGGCCUUUUCUGCUGCGCAACAUCGUUCUUAUAUGCGAUUAACAGAAAAGGAAGAUGAAUCACUGCCAAUAGAUAUAGUUCUUCAGACACUUCUGGCCUUUGCAGUUACCUGUUAUGGUAUAGUUCACAUUGCAGGGGAAUUUAAAGACAUGGAUGCCACUUCAGAACUAAAAAAUAAGACAUUUGACACAUUAAGGAAUCACCCAUCAUUUUAUGUAUUUAAUCAUCGUGGUCGAGUACUCUUCCGGCCUUCGGAUACAACACAUUCUUCAAGCCAAGAUGCAUUGUCCUCUAACUCAUCAUUGAAGUUAAGAAAACUUGAAUCUCCGCGUCGUUAAGAUUUUUACAAAUUAUAACAGUAGGACAGGACACAGCCGGAAUAUUGGAAUUUGGGGUAUAAAACACUCCCCCCAUCAGUAUUUAUAUUGAAAUUUCAGACCUAAUUUUAAAAAGUCCAUGGCCCCUUGUUUGUACACUGUUAAUCGAAUUGUGAAUGCAAUGUAAGUUAUCUGUGAAAUGAGUCUUGAUUUUUCAUAGAGGGAAUUCUUUUCAUUUAAAACAAAGUCACAUGUUUUGAAAAGUCACUGUUUUAAACACAUUUAUUUGAAAAAUGAUGGUUUUUGCAAUUAUUUAUUUUCUUUGAUUUCUUUUGCACUUCGGUUUUUAGGAUCCUUUUGGAAAUAGUGUGACUACUGCAUUUUGCAGCAUGAGUGACAGUAAAAUGGUCUUCAGCUUUUAAGAAGUGGACCUCUCUAAAGAGACCGAAAGGGCGACUCAUCCGUUUUUCUCAUGCCCCCUAAAAAGUGGCUCUGCUUCAGCAGAUACUUGCCAGUUUUUAAUUUAUCCCUGCCUCUACCCCAUUCCCAUGUCCCUUCUAACAUCAGUUGUCUCGUUUCAUCACUUCUCUGGGGUUCUGUGUUCAGUGAGCAAUUUUUGUGUCACAGAUUCCUUGUCAUAACAAAUACUUCAACAAACUCAACUUGUAAAGCGACUUGUGUUCCCUUCAUUUAUCUGUAAAAAUGUUCCUUAAUUGAUUAUAUAAGAAUAGUUGAAGAUAGACCAAAAAGACCAUGAUUUAAUUAUUCUGCUUAUAUAGAAGAAUAGUAAUCGCUGAGGAAAACCGAUUACUUGUUAUUAGUCAGUUUAACUUAUUCAAAGGCUCUUGUUUUAUUGCAUACUAAACUAGUGAAUUAGUAAAAUUAAAGGACAUUUGUCAUUAAAGUUCAACUUCAAAGGAAUUGGGCCAAAUAUGUUUUAAAUAUUUGGAACUAAUAUCUUUAAUGUUAAAAGAAUGAAGGUCAUUUAAAACAUUGUUUUAUAGCUUUUGGUUUGAAGCAGGCUUAGAAUUUUCCAUCAUCAUGGUAUAUUGUUGAUGGUGAGGACGAGACUGCAGAGUAGAAAUUGUUUGGAAUUAGUUUUAGGGGAUUUGGCUAGCUCUUUGAUGUGCAGGAAGGUUUUAAUACUUCUUAGGAGAGAACAUUUUGUUGAAUUGUAUAGAUAUGAAAACAUUGCCUUUUUUCUAACUAAAUAGAUGUAAAGGAAAUAACUAUGCAGAUUUGAAAAGGAAACGUGCUUUAGGCAAGACUCAUAAGAUGCCCUUUCUCAUAAUGGCUUUUUCCCACUAGAAUUGAGCCUUAGCUCUCCUAUUCUGCUGGGGAACACAGCCGCAAAGCACAGGACUUCUACAUGCCCUUAGUUUUGUUCUGCCCACCCUGUCUGUCUCUGCUCUCCAAGGAGAGCACAGUGGGAAAUCUGCUGAGAACCUAGACUAAUUUCGAAAUGAGUUAAAAAUGUGAAGUCAUGGGUUAAAGUGGCAAUCAUUGAAUCAAAGUAGUCAAGCUCCUUAGAUAAGGCUUGAUCAGGACCCUCUUAUUUUCUCCGUUUUGGGGGUUCUCUUCCUUUCCCAAUAAGUUUUGAUAAAACUUUAUUGAGAUAGUUGGCAUUCUUUACAACUCACCCAUUUAAAGGGGAUGGCCUAGUGGUUUUGUAAUCUAUUCAGAGUGGGGCUGCCAUGACCACCGUCCAUGGAGAACAUGGCCAUCACCCUCAAAAGAAACUCUAUGUGCUUAAUUAAGCAGUUACCUCUCAUGUCCCCACACUGCCUCCCAGCCCUGGGUACCCACCAAUCUAUGUGUCGAUAGAUUUGCCUGCUCUGGUCAUUUCAUGUUAACAGAUUUGUACAGUAUCUUUGGUAGCAAAUGUGGUUUUUCUUCUCUCUGGAGUGAGACUUUCUCCUCUUGAGAACUGUGAUUGCUAUGAAAGGAAGUGGUUGGUAAGAUCCAAAGGUGUAACAAGUCAAUCUUAAAAACUGACUUUUUUCCUCAUAGUCAGACAUUCAUGAUAUAUUGCUACUUAAAAUAUUUUGGCCAGUCUCGAGAAUGGAUAUUGAAAUCUUUGCCUGCCCAGUCAGGAAAAUCCUGCUCAAAUGAUGCCAAAUAAUUUGGCAAAUAGUUGAUAUAGCACUUUCCAGGCUACCAGCUUGUAUACCUUGGGCUAGGUGAGCUUUCCAAAUUUCUUUCCCCAACCCCAAAUUAAAUUUCUGCUAUCUUUUUCAAGUAUGUCUCACAGGACUAAAGUUAACAGUGCUAAGUGGACUCAAGAGAGAAUUUUAUUUAUAAUGCUAUGAGACUGUCCAUGGCUGCUGAGGGUGGUCCAAAAAUGUGAUAUGAACUAGUAAACCAUGACUUUAGUGACAUUCAGAAGUGUGUACUAUGGAAGGUGCUCCAGUCAAUAGGAAGAAUCACUUCUUAACUAACCAGGGAACCAGCCAAACACUAUGGGCUAAUGACCUAGCUGCAGGAAACAUAGAUCGGCACAUUGGUGACCGUGAUGUUCUGUAACUCCCUAAUGACUGUUUCCUAAGCAUUGUGGCUUAUUUUUGAGUGGCAUGACAGCAUCUUCCUGGUUGUAUGUGGCCUGUUUCCAUGAUGUAUUGAGUAGUGUUGUUUGUUGUGAGCAUCGAUGCCUGUAACACCAAGCUAAACACAUUUUUUGGGAUAUGUUUCCUUCUUUAAAUGACCUUGCCCUGUCCAAUAAAUAAAUGAUUGUCUCACCCUG